CGCUUGCGCGCUGCGCGGCCGGCUCCCAACUCAGCGCAAGAUGGCGGCGGGCGCCUCGGACCCCUUGGAAGAGAUGCUGCUCUUCUCCGAGGAGGUGGACGAGAAGGCGGUCAGCGAUCUGGUGGGCUCCUUGGAAUCGCAGCUGGCCGGCGGCCGGAGCUCUGCCGAGGCGCCCCAGCCCAGGAUUUCCGCCCCGUCCCAGCAGCAGCAGCCGCAGCAGCACCAGGGGAGCCUAGCGGGGGGCAGCAGCCCCGUCCGGCAGCAGCAAGGGCAUCCCGCGCCUUCUCCCACUCCUGUGGCAGAUGAGGCAGCGGCGGGGUGUCCCGGAGCCGCGGAGAGUCGAACCCCUACUCAGGGGCAGCUCCCGUCCCCGUCCCCCCCGGCGGCGGCAGCGGCGGCGGCAGCAGCAGCGGCGGCAGGGAGGGGAGUGAGUGUAAACAGUAGUAGUGUGCAGCAAUCACAUGGAGCGGCUCUGCUCAGCAGCGGUGGCAGCCCCGGCGCGCCCGCCGCCCCUGCCCCUGCGCAACCCGCCGCUCUCUCGCCCUCCGGCGCCCCUGCCCAGCCUGUCAACAACCAUGUGGCUGCCGGCGCCACUGCCCGGGAAGCGGGCAGCCCCAGCCCCAGCCCGCCCGCCGCCGACAGCACGCUACCGCCGUCGCAUCGCAACGAGGCCGCGGGGGGGAGCGGGACCCCGGCCGGGGGGGGCGGGCCGGCGGGAGUGGCGGAGGGUGCUUCUGCUGCUGCCACCGCGGCGCUCCCCGGCGAGGCGGCGCCCAACGGGGAGGGUGCCGGGGGCCGGCCGGCGGCAGUCCCACCAGUCAGCAGCCACGGCAAAGCAGACGCCGCCACGGCACAGAUAAAACCCGCGCACGGCCCGCUCUCCGCAGUAAACGCACUCCGUAACUCAGCCAGCCCAGCGCCUGCCGCACCGCCGGGGCAGGGCUCGGCCACCAACUGCGCCCCGGCUGCACCCGCAGCUCCCAAGCCGGCGGUCAGCGCUUCUAAGGCUGGCGCAGUCCCCCUCGCAGCCCCGCAGGCUCUUUCGCCCCGUCCGGCAUUGAGUGCUGCCCCCAGGAUCGUUGCCCCGCAGCUGAUCAUGAGGCCGCAGCACCAGACCACCAUCCAGCUGCCCCCCGGCUUCACCAUCCCGCCGGGUAUGGUCUUAGUGCGCACAGAUGCUGGACAGCUUGUAAUGGUGCCUCAGCAGGCUCUAGCACAUGCCCAAAUGCAGGCUCAAGUACAUACGCAGGCACAGGGUCCUGCCACCAUGUCACCGAGACUUUCCGUGCCCACAGCUGGCCCUGUUUUUCGCCUAUCAACAACUCAGCAACCAACUUCUGUAGCCACAUCUCCUGUCUGCCUGGGACUUCCAGUCCAAGCCAAAGUUGUUCAGUCAGCUGCACCUGUCAGUGCUACAUCUGCUGCUGCUCUGCCAGGAGGCUCUAUUCUCGCCCACACCACAGUGAGUAGUAACAAUACAGAUGUCAAGGUAUCAGUAGCUACAACGAGCGCUCAGAAUUUAUUCAAGGCAACAGUAGCAACUGGAGCAUCAACUUCUCAACAACUUGCAGUAAUUACUGGUGGACAAACUCAAGCUACAGCACAAACCCAGGGUCAGCCUCGGUUGCCAGUUCCACCUCAUACAACAGCACAGGUACCAGCACAGCCCCACGUCAUACCAAGCUCUCCUGUAGCUGGAACUACAGUUGUAUCACAGGAAAUGCAAGAGAAUGUGAAAAAAUGCAAAAACUUUUUAGCUACCCUUAUAAAACUUGCUUCUCAUAAUUCACCAUCUCCAGAAACAUCCCGUAAUGUGAAAGCUCUGGUUCAAGAUUUGCUGGAUGCGAAGAUUGAUCCAGAAGAAUUUACAGCCCGCCUUCAGUCGGAGCUCAAAUCAUCUCCUCAGCCAUAUCUUGUACCUUUCCUUAAGAAAAGUCUACCUGCACUGAGACAAUCUUUACUGAAUAGUCAACAUUCAGUUUUGCAAGGACAGCCGUCUCAGCAGUCACUUCAGCAAACCAAACUGUCACAAGUUAUACCUCAGUCUGCCUCUGGAAGCAUUUCCUCUGUUGUCACCACACAAACAAUGGGAAUAAGGCAACCAAACAACAUUUGCACAGUCUCUGUAUCAAAUACAGUGCAGCCUCCUCAGGUUAAGGUGGUACAGUCAAAUCAGAGUUCUCAACUGCAGAUUAUCCAGUCAACAUCUGCUCAAACUGUGAAACGAACCCCUGCUUGCCAGACUACCCAGAUUAGGAUGCCAGUGGUAAUAACUCAGACCAUUAGACCACAAGGCACAGUAGGAAAGGCACCAACAAUACAAGCCAGCAAAAGUCCUGGGGGCUUUGGUGUUCAGGUCUCUGCAAAUCAGAAAAACAAGCUGAAUGACCCUGGAGGUGGUUCUUUCAGAGAUGAUGAUGACAUCAAUGAUGUUGCCUCUAUGGCUGGUGUUAAUGAAGAAAGUGCCCGCAUUUUGGCUGCCAAUUCUGACUUGGUUGGAACUCAGAUACAGUCCUGUAAAGAUGAGCCGUUUCUUGCUGCUAUACCUCUACAUAAACGCAUACUUGAAAUUGCUAAAAAACUUGGAAUUACUGAUGUGCCAGCUGAAGUGGUUACUUUUAUUUCCCAUGCAACACAAAACAGAUUAAAAACAGUGAUAGAAAAAGUAACAGUGAUAACCCAGCACCGGAUGGAAUCGUACAAACAUGGAGCAUCUGUUAAGCUAUUUCUGUUCAUAGAUUGUGACUAAGAUUGUUGAUUCUUGACAUCUCCUUUUCAGACCAAGGUAUCCUUCAGUUGGAUCAAAAUGGUUUCAAUAUAAAGGAAUCUAUGAUAAAUUUACAUAUCCUUGUCUGUGACAAAUAUUAAUUUUUACAAAAGCUACCAAUCUGUCUUAAACCAACAAAUAAAUUUCAGCUGCAAAUUCUGCACUGUAAUUAAACGAUUAUGCUCUGUUUAAAAAGAACAUUUCAAGAUAAAAUGCUACCUGAUCCCAUUGUUAGUGAUUGAAUUCUUAAAGAAAAUUAGAUUAGAUAUAUUAAACCAGAGAGGAAUUUUAAGUAAUACUCUGCAAACCAGCUUGAAAUUCAAAUAAAGCAAACAUCUUUAUUGAUAAAUUUGAAAUAUCCUAAAUAAGAUGCUAAUAGCUAUUAAACUGGUGUAAAAGCAAGAUUACAAUAACUGUUGAUGUAUGUUGUGUCUAAGCUGUGUUUAGAUUUCUUCAGCAUGCAUAUACAUUGAGUAGCUCUGGUUUGGGGCUCUUUUGCUUGGGGGGGGUUGUUUGUCUGAUUGUUUGUUUUUAACCUUGAGUGAAAGCCUGGGCAAAAAAGUUUGAACUGUACCUUUGCUCACCUAUUUCCCAAACCUGAAUCACAGUUAGACUAAUUACAUGUGGCAUUUUUGAGAAAAAUUUAACUAGGAUCUGUGACUAGAAUUAACAUCACUGUGAUAGAAAAAUAGAUUAAAAAAACCCCACAAAGUCUACUAUGACUGUGUGCACUUACAUCUUUCCUUUCAAUUGAUACAUUCUACUACAUUGGAUUAAAAGUAAAUCUCUUUGUUUGUUCCCAGUAUUCUUCUUCAGCUUCAGCAGUGUUAAAUCCUUCUUUCUUUCUCCCUAGGAUGGCAUCUGAGAAAAAACCCCACUUUGCUUAGCCUGUGCUAAGCCAAAGAUGCAUUUAAAGGUUCUUAGGGAAAAACCACUGUUGUCUCCAAUUUUCAUUGUCUUCUGUAUAUUUCUUGGUUAAUGGUUUUCUUUGAUUCAUAACAUGACAGUCAGAAAGGAGAAUUUUAAGGAGAUUAAUAUGAUGGAAGUAAUGUGAAUAACUUAUUGUUCUGACUGGCAUUCUGAGUGUUCACCCUGUUCAUUGUCAUAAAUUUUUAUUGUUUGUUGGGUCCUAGGAAAGCUUCCAUGCUCUUAGUUGUCAUAAAGUUCCUCUAUUUUAAUAGUAAUUGGAGUCUUAUUUUCAACUGAAUUUUUUGCUUUAAUGCUUUUAUUUUUUAAUGCUGCAUUUUGAUCAUAUCUAUUACUAGUUCGAGUACAUAUACAGGUACUGUAUAUUGUACAAAUAUCAGGCUUAUAUGCUAUAACUAGGACUGUUCAGUAACAAAGUUGAGCAUCCUAAGGAUUUUUAAUUAGUGUUUGCUUUAACUCUUUGAUGUCUCUCUUGCUGAUAAAUCAAUCCUUGUUUUUUCAGUUUGCUUAGAUACUAAUUAGAUUUAGCUGCAUUAUUAACCACAGGCUGGUUGCAUUCCCCUGAGCUUAAAAAAAUUGGUAAUUUUAUUUUUUUUAUUGUUAGUAAAAUGGGAAGAUUUUAAGUUAUAGCAUCUAUAGGCUUCUUUAAAUGCAUAGUCUUGAUUAAAACACUUUAUAAGACACUGG